CUUGGGAUCACAAGGCCGCUCACGUACCCUGUGAGGCAGAACGGGAAGUGCAUGGCGAAAAUGAUUCUCUCCGUCUGGCUGCUUUCGGCCUCCAUCACCUUACCCCCGCUCUUCGGGUGGGCUCAGAACGUGAACGACGACAAGGUGUGCUUGAUCAGCCAGGAUUUCGGCUACACCAUCUACUCCACGGCGGUGGCGUUUUAUAUCCCCAUGUCCGUCAUGCUGUUUAUGUACUACCAGAUCUACAAGGCCGCCAGGAGGAGCGCCGCCAAGCACAAGUUCCCCGGCUUCCCCCGGCCCGAGGAGCCGGACAGCAUCAUCUCCCUGAACGGCAUGGUGAAGCUCCAGAAGGAGGUGGAGGAGUGUGCCAACCUUUCGAGAUUCCUCAAACACGAAAGGAAAAACAUCUCCAUCUUUAAGCGGGAGCAGAAAGCAGCCACCACCUUGGGGAUCAUAGUCGGGGCCUUCACCGUGUGCUGGCUGCCCUUUUUCCUCCUCUCCACGGCCAGACCCUUCAUCUGCGGCACGGCCUGCAGCUGCAUCCCGCUGUGGGUGGAGAGGACAUUUCUGUGGCUGGGCUAUGCAAACUCUCUCAUUAACCCUUUUAUAUAUGCCUUCUUCAACCGGGACCUGAGGACCACCUACCGCAGCCUGCUCCAGUGCCAGUACCGGAACAUCAACCGCAAGCUGUCGGCUGCAGGCAUGCAUGAGGCCCUGAAGCUCGCCGAGAGGCCCGAGAGACCCGAGUUUGUGCUGUAAGACAGAACUCUGACUACUGUAGAAAAAAAAGUCAUGAUUCAUGAUCAAAAGUGGAAUAAUGGAAACGAAAUCAACAAGGCAAGACAGAGGUGGCAACAG